AUUUGUAUACAUAUUCCCUCCAUUUAGUCUCUCAUAUUGGUUUCUCUUUGACACCGUUCAAUGUCUAUCUUCACUCAAAAUAAGCUCCUCCCAAGCCCCAAACACCAUGUUCACACAAUAUGCCACUCUCCAAUCCUCCGAACAACCGUACAUUGCUCUGUCUCCACCACCGCAAAGCCGAAACCAGUCCCCGAAAAGCUCAUCAUCGAACCUCCCCGGCUGCAGCAGCUGGAACCCUCACCGGACAACAUCCGGCCGAUGCUCAAUGACCCGAGUCUACUAUCAACGUGGUCUCACCGUGCAUGGGUAGCGAGCGGGUGCACUACUGUGCUCAUUUCUCUAGCUAAAUCCGUAGCGGGUGCAGCCCAUUCACACAUAUGGGCCGAGCCCAUUUUAGCAGGCUUGGUCGGGUACGUGUUGGCGGAUCUCGGAUCUGGAGUUUACCAUUGGGGCAUUGACAACUAUGGUGGUGCCUCAACUCCAAUUUUUGGUGCCCAAAUAGAGGCAUUCCAAGGUCACCAUAAGUGGCCAUGGACAAUCACUAAGCGCCAAUUUGCUAACAAUUUACAUGCCUUGGCUCGUGUCAUAACUUUCACAGUGCUUCCCUUAGACCUUGCCUUUGAUGAUCCUAUUUUUCAUGGCUUUGUUGCUGUUUGCUCUGGUUGCAUUAUGUUUAGCCAGCAAUUUCAUGCUUGGGCUCAUGGCACAAAGAGCCGGCUACCUCCAUUGGUGCUGGCAUUGCAAGAUUCCGGCUUACUGAUAUCUCGGUCGCAACAUUCGGCGCACCACCGGCAACCUUAUAACAACAACUACUGCAUAGUGAGUGGAGUUUGGAAUGAGUUUUUGGAUAAGCAGAAGGUAUUUGAAGCGUUGGAGAUGAUCUUGUUUUUUAAGCAAGGGUUAAGACCUAGGUCUUGGAGUGAACCUUGCUCUGAGUGGAUUGAAGAGGCUGAGACUAUUUCUCAACUUGCAAACAAUUGAACCUUUCUUUAUUCUUUUUCUCGUUUUCAAUUGACUUUGCUCUGGUUCAUAUAUUGAUUUGCUUGCCCAGUGCAGAUCGUGUAAUUUGUGAAAUUCCUUUUCCAGAGAUUGGAUUAUAUAUGUAAGAUAAUGUAAUUCCAGUACAUUGAAGAUACAAUAGCUUGAACUAUUACAUUC